AUGUCAACCACCCCAGAUCCUGACCUCUCAACCUGGCCUACCUCAACUACUCCAGGCCUUAACCACUCAAGCAGGCCUACCUCAACCACCCCAGGCCUUAACCACUCAAUCAGGCCCACCUCAACCACCCCAGGCCUUAACCACUCAAGCAGGCCUAUCUCAACCACCCCAGAUCUUGACAUCUCAACCUGGCCUACCUCAACUAAUACAGGCCUUAACAACUCAAGCAGGCCUACCUCAGCCACCACAUGUCUUAACCAUUCAAGCAAGGGGACCUCCACCACCACAGGUCUUGACCACUCAAGUAGGCCUACCUCAACCACCCCAGGCCUUAGCCACUCAAGCAGGGGGACUUCCACCACCCUAGGCCUUGACCACUCAAGCAGGCCUACCUCAACCACCCCAGGCCUUAACCACUCAAGCAGGCCUAUCUCAACCACCCCAGAUCUUGACCUCUCAACCUGGCCUACCUCAACUAAUCCAGGCCUUAACUACUCAAGCAGGCCUACCUCAACCACCCAAGGCCUUGGCCACUCAAGCAGGGGGACCUCCACCACCACAGGCCUUGACCACUCAAACAGGCCCACCUCAACCACCCCAGGCCUUAACCACUCAAGCAGGCCUAUCUCAACCACCCCAGAUCUUGACCUCUCAACCUGGCCUACCUCAACUAAUCCAGGCCUUAACAACUCAAGCAGGCCUAACUCAGCCACCACAUGCCUUAACCAUUCAAGCAGGGGGACCUCCACCACCACAGGUCUUGACCACUCAAGUAGGCCUACCUCAACCACCCCAGGCCUUAGCCACUCAAGCAGGGGGACUUCCACCACCCUAGGCCUUGACCACUCAAGCAGGCCUACCUCAACCACCGCAGGCCUUAACCACUCAAGCAGGCCUAUCUCAACCACCCCAGAUCUUGACCUCUCAACCUGGCCUACCUCAACUAAUCCAGGCCUUAACAACUCAAGCAGGCCUACCUCAGCCACCACAUGCCUUAACCAUUCAAGCAGGGGGACCUCCACCACCCCAGGCCUUGACCACUCAAGCAGGCCUACCUCAACUACCCCAGACCUUAACCACUCAAGCAGGACUACCUCAACCACCCCAAGUCUGGAACACUCCAGCAGGCCUUACUCAAAUAUGCCAGGUCUUGACCACUCAAGCAGGCCUACCUCAACCACCCCAGGCCUUAAACAGUCAAGCAGGCCUACCUCUACCAAUCCAGGCCUUGACCUCUCAAGUAGACCGACCUCGGGCUCUUCCUGGUACCAGGUAGCUGCCAAAACCUGGUGCCACUCCAACUCACCACAUGGUGAGUCCUCAAAAGACCAUCUGUUUCUUAGCCUCCAAAAGGUCUCGUUCUGGACAGGCCCCACAUACAUGCAGAUAGACACAGAGAAGCCCUCUUUCAUCAACCCUGAUAUCCAGCAGAGGCUGGAACUUGAGAUUCAAAAGAGGGUUGAACUAAAAGUAUGGAAGGGGAAAGGCAAAGAAAGGUGUGACCAUGCCUUGGAAUGUAUGGACAAUAUGCUGCAGUCCUGGAGCAGCCAGCAGGCCACCACCAGAACCUGCAAAUCAGAGCAAUUUUCAGGUCAUCAGCCGUUCUUUUACAAGAAAUACAGCCAGCUUUUCUGGGGCCUCCCCUUUCUCCACAGUGAGUCCCUUGUGGUUACUGUCAACAUGGCAGGUUCCCCUCCAGAGCCCCCCUCCAUCUUAUUCAAUGGACUCUCUACUUAUAUCCCAACACUAUUUCAGACUAAUGUACAUCCACAUCUCUUUUCUCUAAAGCCCUUGCUUCAACACUUGGUCAAAACCCAACCUUUGACUCCAAAGUUAUCCAGGUCCCAAUCUCCACCAGUGGAUGGAAUCCAAACCCAGAGCUGUGACCCAUCCUCUCUCCCAAGGCUACCAGACCAUUCACCUCCAAUUAGGGAUUAUGGGGCUUCUUGUCCUAGAGCUUCAAGAGUCCAAUUUACGAUCCCACCUGCUGCUCAACACCUAGAGCGACACCUUUUGAAGAAGCACCAAGAGAGUAAGUGCGAUUUACCCCCCUUAGUUAAGAGGUCACAGGAAGAAUUUCAUCAACUCAAUUCCAACAGUUGGGGCUCCCAGGGAAAGGGUUCUGUUGUCCACCUCCCCGGGAAUUUCAUUAAACCCGGGCUCCAGCAACAGCCGGAACAACACUUAAAAAAGACUUACACACAACGGCAAUGCCCCCACAAGGACCAGAAAAAGUCUCAGAACAAAGUUCCAGGGAUGGGUCAAGCAGAAGUUAAUCACGGGACGUCAUGUUCCUCAGCACUGAGAGAUGAAAGCAGCCUUCAAGCACAGAGUGUCUCAUCACAGGGUCUAGAAAUAUUCCAAAUAUGGAAGGACCCAAGCACGUAUCUGACAAACUUUCUGGGAAGAGCUCUGAACGAUCUGUAUAGGAGCUCAGAAGAUUACCUAGGCAAAGUUCUCGGGGCUGUUUCUGAGACAGAGGCAGAAAGUGGCCACAUGAGACACCCAAAAAGUGACACUCAAAGUGUUUCUCCAGUGGGACCAGGAAAGAAGUUGCUAGAAGGUACCCCAAAAAAUGACUCAAGCAUCAAGUGGAGGCAUGCCAAGGACAGUAAGGUGCAUGUGGGCAUUUGUCAUGCCGUAUGUAUGGACCAUGUAUUGACCCCUCCUGAAAACUUGAAUGAUUGUACCACCGACAGGAAAACUUCUAGUGGGCCUUCCUUCCUAGAUCCUGGCACUCAGAAGGUGCUGGAAACACAUCUUACAAGACGCCUGGUGAGACACAGAUGGAGCCUGCCCCUCAUAGGCCUCAAGACCAUACAUGUUUUCAAUAAGACCAAGGCUACAGCUUUGCCCUUUCCACAGCUCUCCGACUCUUCUUUGUCCUUCUGGGACUCUAGAGAUGACUCCAUUGUCAAAAAGGCCAGUGUCCUGGGAGAACCUUUUCAGAAAGGCAAAGACAAGAAUGUGAAAAUAACCUCCACACAGAACCCUCCUUCUGCCUCCCAGCUCGGAUUCCUGAGAGAGACUCCACCUAGAGAAAAUUCUGGGCCCUCUGAGGCCCCUACAACUGUCGAGGGAGACAAUAUGACUUCUCUGUCCACCUCACAAAGUCUCGUGGGCAGAGACUGGCACAAUGAUAUGGUUAUUAGAUCUUGGACAGGCAGCCCAGAGUCAAAUCCAGGCCUAGUGAAGGGUGCACAUGAGUCACAGGAAAGAGAGCAUCUGAUUUUAAGCAAUACCUACAAUUGGGUGUCAGUUCGGGAGAUCAGUGUGGCAUCCCAGUCACCAAGUAGCAGGGAUACCAGGGAACUAGAGGAGGCAGAGGAGGAACAGUCCUGUGACUGUGUACUCAUCAUGGACGCUGGGGAGAUGACCAACUCUGAAAGCAACCAUCAACAUCUAAGGGAUUCAGAAUCACUGGAGCCCAGUGAAAGUCCAUCCCCUUCUACCCAGGAUCCAGAAGACUCAGGCCUGAGCACACUUCACUGCUCGUCCCCUGGUGUUGUCUUGCAGGACAGUACCAUUGAAACAUUCUUUAAAGACUGUGCCCCUGAGGUUCUCCUUGCUGCAGAUAUGCUGGCCUCUAGGGCCUCCCAGUUCAGGUUCAAGAAUGUGCCUGCUACAAGCAAGUCAACCUACCAGGGCAGGUACCCUUCCUUAAAAGAAAGGGAUAUGCCCAAGAUUUCUAAACCACAGGAACCAUGGCCUAGCCAUAUCUUUGUUCCAACUGACAAAAAAAAAUGUCAUAGUCCCAGGCAGGACACAUGUCUUUCAGGGAUGAGGCCUGUCCAAGCCUACAGGUCAAAUACUAAAAAAUGCAGUUCUUCCCAAGAAACAGGGAAGUUUGGGGAUAGGAUAAAAAACUUCAUAAGGUCAAUUUUCAACCCUAAAGCCAAAUUACAGGAGAACUCCCUGGAAAAAAUCAAGGCCUUACCAGCCACAACCCAAAGCCCAGGGUCAGUCCUGAGUAGAUUAUUCAUGGCCCGACAGGGAGCUGAAGCACAGGACCUCAUGACCUCUGUUGGAUGGAUUCUAGAGGAAAAGUUGGGGGUUCACCAUUGGUGUGCUCCCUCAAAGAAAAAUUUGCACCAAGAACCACCCCAAGCCCAAGUGAGCAGGCAUGUCUGCCACCACAGGAUUCCUACUGCAGAAACAAUACAAGGGACACCAAAGAAACAACACACUAGCUGUGUUCACCAAGCCAACCCCAAGGUACAAAGCCAACCUUCACAAAGCCAACCUUCUACAGACAGAUGGAUGCCCUAUGGUAACUGGGCCCAGGUGUCCAGAGAACCUGUGUCCCGACCCAGGCCCUGUCAGCACAGGGCACAGGCACCAUGUGUCCCACGGAACCGUGUCCACUGUCCUAGGCACUGUCCCUACAGAAGUGGACUAUAGAAAGUAAUUAAACACUUUUCCCCAAAAGAACAUGGUCUCCGAGUGCUAAUGACGUCAUUUUCCAAGCUAGGUAUUACUUCCUCUGUGUAUGUUUCAUCUGCAGAGUAUGUCUUCAGUGCUAGGCCACAGGGAAAUGUAGGCAUCUGCUCCACCUUAGUACUACUUCUGGAGGGGAAAUGGCUCCACAGAGAGGGGACAGUGGCAUUUGAGGUAUCACCAACUCUUAGGUCCAUCAUUGUAGUUAGUGUUAAUCAUACUAUAAUUAUAGAAAUGAAAGUCUUUAGGAUUUUUUGGGAGGGUGCUAAGUCAACACUAAAAGACCCAAACAAACAAGAAGUAUUUAGGAUUGUGGGAGUGGUGGGGUGGGCAAUGUCAAUCACACAACUGCUGUGGGAUGUCUGUAUGGCAAAUGUGUUGCUGAUUAGUCAAUAAAUAAAACACUGAUUUGCCAUUGGCUAGGCAGGAAGUGUAGGCGGGACAAGGAGGAGAAUAAAGCUGGGAAGUGGAAGACUGAGUCAGAGAGACACUGCCAGCCGCCAAGAUAACAAGCAGCAUGUGAAGAUGCCGGUAAGCCACGAGCCACGUGGCAAGGUAUAGAUUAAUGGAAAUGGAUUAAUUUAAGCUGUAAGAACAGUUAGCAAGAAGCCUGCCACAGCCAUACAGUUUGUAACCAAUAUAAGUCUCUGUGUUUUCUUGGUCGGGUCUGAGCAGCUGUGGGACUAGCAGGUGAGAGAGAUUUGUUUUAUUUUAUUUUUUUUAUUUUUUUGGUUUUUCGAGACAGGGUUUCUCUGUGUAGCUUUGCGCCUUUUCCUGGAACUCACUCUGUAGCCCAGGCUGGCCUUGAACUCACAGAGAUCCGCAUGCCUCUGCCUCCCGAGUUCUGGGAUUAAAGGCGUGCGCCACCACCACCCGGUGAGAGAGAUUUGUUUUGACUAUGGGCCAGGCAGGAAAACUCUAGCUACACACAACCUAAACAAGAAGUCCUUAGGAUUAGUUUUGUGCUAAGUCAACCCUGUAAGACCCCAACCUAAGAGCCAGCUCACUAUGUCUUUUCCUGAUUUGCUCCAAACUGUCCUUUGUGUAGCUGUGUAGAGGCAACAGAGAGCCAGCUCAAUGUCUUCAUGAGUCACAAAGUAGGCACAGUGAUGAGGACAGUUGUGUGGCAUCCUUGAGUGAAAAGCAGGACAGUCAGGACCUCUGGAUGUCCUGCCGAGGAAUAAAGGACCUAGAUCCUAGGGACCCCCUGCUCACCUCAAUGGUGGCUGUCAACAAGCUGAGUUCUCCAGGCCCUCCCACCUCAGCCUGGAUGACAAAGCAGUGUCACCCUGUCCUAUGGCUGCCUUCAAUGCCAGAAUGGUGGCCUGGAUGGAUGGACAAUUUUUCAUAAAGAGUGGUGGCAGCUGCAGAGUGGUGGCUGACAGUCUCAUGACUCCUGGUCAUUUGCCAUUCCUUCUGGUCACUGAACAGACAGUACCUAUCUGAUUGUGGGCAUGAUGAACCUCAGGAGGAAGGGAGGAAAUAAAGGUUAGAGCCAAGGCAGGAGGCCAUGUAAUAUGAAGAUGCCCUAAAAGUUUCCAUGCAGGUGAAGCCCCAGCCCUCCCAGUACAGACGCUGACAUCAGUGUCUGAGCCACUCACCUUGGCCUCACCCCAGGCUCUCCACCACUGACUGGAGGAGCCCUCUAGCUUAAAACGACUUGAAACAAAUCCUGCAAGGGUGAAAGCUUAGCUUCCUAACAGCAUGACUAAUAAGCUACAUGUUCUUACCUUCUGAAUUCCAGAGACGAGCUGCUGGAAAGGCCAGAAAUCAGGAAUUCUGAGUGUCCCUCACAGCCUGGUGGUCUCUGCACACACACACACACUCAGCCAGCACUACUCCCAAGGGAAAGGAGGACAGCUGAAAGGGUUGAGGGGAUACACUGUGGCCACACAGCACCUCAUUCUAGGCCUCCAGCUCUUGCCUUCCCAUGAGAGCAGCAGAAAAGGCCAUCUCACAGGGCCGGUUCACACAGUGGAAGGGAUUUGUCCAAAGUGCAGAUGCUCUUUGGAUCUCUGGGCAGGCCAAAAGGGUCCUUUCCUGGGCCUCACUUGGCUUCCUCCCCAGGUUUCCUUGUCCCAGUCCCUGUUCUCUUGGGAAACAAGUGAAGUAACUCCAUACAAAAGCAGCCAAUUCUCAGGGUACCCUGCACUGUUCCUUACAGAAGGCAGUCAACAGCUCCAGCUGGUAGAAAAUCUUGUUCCAGAAGGUCCCACCAAGGUAGAGGACAUGGACAUGGGGCCUGUUCCAGCACACUUCCCGAGACUACAUGUGAUACUCAGCAGCUCUUUAGGAGUGGAUAUGGAACCCACAGGCUCUUCUUAGUUGGCCCCCUAUCAAUGACUGCAGCCUCUACAGCAGUCCCAGAAGCCAGAGUGAAGCCAGGACACUGGGGCUGGCACUUCUGGGUCCUCUCAGGAACCCAGGAGGCACAUUUGGGUCCAGUAAAGACUCGGGAGUGGGUCCCAGGAGUCCUCAGGGUACAAGUGCUGGAGACAGUGGUACAACAGACCAGGCAGCAGCAGGAAUGCUUAUGCCACUGUCAGCCCUGUCAACUAUAAUGGACAUACCCUAGACCUGGAGAACCUCACAGAGACCUCUACAGUCAUUCUCACUGACAGACCCCCAAAGAGAUCUCCACAGAGUCCCAGAUAUAGACAGACACUGAGAAACAUCCCAGAAUUCCAGAAACCACUCCUAGAGACCUUCAGGGAUCAAAACAGAGAUCCCCAAAUGUCUCCAUAAAGAGUCCCAUACAAAAUCCAACAGAAGUAAGUUGCUACAGAAUCCCAGGCAGAAAUCCACAUAAAGAGAUCCCCCAAAAUCCUUUCCAGAGAUUCAACAAGACACGUUCACAGACUUCUCCAACAUGGAAAACACACACUCUUUAUUUAAGCCCCUGACAGAAAUCCACAUUGACAUUCUAGAGUCCCUGAGAUCUUCACAGACCCUCCCACACAUCCUCACAGAUGUCCACAGACAUUUGCAGACAGCUACACAGUCAGACAGUAGUGACUAAUGGUAUCUGUAAAGGCCCUGGGAGAAAGCCACAGAGACACAGUAAACCCUUCCUGCUGUGGAUAUCUGUAUGCUGUGAAUGUGUUGCUCUGAUUGGUUAAUAAAUAACGUGCUGACUGGCCAGUAGCCAGGCAGGAAGUAUAGGCAGGACAAAGAGAGAAGAGAAUUCUGGGAAGAGGAAGGCUGAGUCAGGAGACGCUGCCAGUCACCACCAUAAGAAGAUGUGAAGGCAGAUCUAGAAAAAGGUAAAAAAAAAAAAAACAAACCCACAUGUUUAAAUAUAAAUAAGAAUUAUGGGUUAGUUUAAGAUAUAAGAACUAGAUAUCAAGAAGCCUGUCACGGCUAUAUAGUCUAUAAUAAUAUAAGCAUCUGUGUGUUUAUUUGGGUCUGAGUGGCUGCGGGCCAAGGCAGGACUGGAGAUAACCCCAGCUACACCUUCCAGGGAGAUUGUCACUGGCAUCUACAUAGAGAUCUUCAGAAGUCCACCCUUCCCUCCACAGGUAUGCACACAGAAACCCACAGAGUCCUCUACAAAGACCUUCACAGAGACAUCACCCACACACUCUCAAAAACACAGAAAUACUCCCACAAGUUCCACACUGAAGCCUUAACAAAGACCCCCAAAGAGACUUCUGACAGUCGAUACAUCUUACAACAUGCAAAAGUGACAAAGUUCAGAGUCUUCACAGAGUUUUCCAAGAGUCUUUUAAUAGAGACACUAAGGGAAACCUCAGAAACUUCCCACAGCCCUAAGGUAUAGAUGUCACUGGGUGGCCUCUGGGUGUCACACAGCACUCUCUCACAGUGGUAUCACCCAGCCUUUCAGACCUCACACAGCACCCUCAGAAAGACUGCCAUACAGACCCCGCCCCUCGGACCUCUCAUGACACAUGAGACCAGGCAGCCUCCCAGUGAUCUCUUAUCAUUUCUUGGAGUUCCACACAGAACAUAUAGAGGUCUCACAGAGAGACACCAUGGAUAAACCUGUCACAAAAUCAUACACAGUCACUAGGCGAGAUCGCAGGGAGAUUGUCAACAGGACCUCUUCAGCACCACAUGAAGGGUCUCAGAUGUGAACUCAAGAGGGACAGUGAAAUGGAUUGUUUGGGGUAUGGAGUUUAUUAGAAGAGUGAUUCAUGCCAUGGGCUGGCAGGUAGACAAUGGCCUGAGGAGAAUUAAGGGUCCACACCAGAGACAGCAUAAUUGCGUUGGGGGAGGGCACUAAAGAGAAGGCUCAUAGGCACACAUAGGGGGUUGUUCUUAUGCCUUUGAGUAUGAGGGAGGUUUCACAGUACAAGCCUGCAGCCAGGCUCUCUGAUUCCCAGACAGGAGGCAGGGAAAGGGGCAAGGAGCAAGACAUGUGUCCAUCAAUAACUCAACCUAUGCUGUAAACUCACUUCUUGGGUGAGUGACCCUGGCACAUGAACUCUGUUAGCUGGAUCUUCAGUGUCAAUAGGGUGCUUCUCACUACCUGUGUGAGGGGAAGCGCUGCUUGGCGGCUGUGGCCUGAGCAGCAGUUGGAUUCCUUCCUUCUAUUCUUAGACCAUAGAAAACUCCUCAGAUUUUAUAAGCUUCCCA